AUGCUCUGUUUCGACAUGCGAUUGGUACAGCGACUUCGUGGCGAGAAACGGGAUGAUUCGUCUUCCAGAGAUCGCUCGAAAAGUGUUUGUGUCACUAGUUUCUUAAACAAAUCUCCGAGAGAUGUGAGUGCGUUCAAGCUACUUCAUCGGAGGGCUAGCAGUGCUUUCUCGACGGCCAGUGAUUUAAUAUCUAGAAGAGGAGUUUUCUCGCGACGAUAUUAUGGAUCAGUCGAACAGUUACAACAGCCUGAAGUCGACGGCCAGGAACAUUGUAGAAGGUUUCGAAUUGAAAAUGGAGACUCUCCCGGAGAAAAAGACGAGAUGUUUGGUUCUCCAAGUACCCCUGUUCUUGAAAAUCCCGAAUAUCAAACUAGGUGGUACUUUAAAUAUUUUCUUGGCAAGCUUCACCAAAACUAUGUUGGGCUAGACAAUGACAAAACGCCGUUUUUCCUCAGCAUUGUUUUGAACGAAGAUAACAACACUUGUGUGCCUCUGUACAGAGCGAUAUUAUUUAGAAAAACAGGUGCUCAAAAACUCUCACUCCCAAUACCUCAAAGCAAAGUGAUGACGGUCAAACAAAUUCUAUCGAAAUUUCCCAAUAUAGACAAGGCCGAAAAAGGACCAAAAGAAAUAUUCUCGCCCGAUAUCCAGAAAGAUCUGCUUCUCCUAGAAGAACAAGAAGGCUCGGUUAAUUUUAAAUUUGGCGUUAUCUACAUGAAACAGGGACAAACCAGUGAUGAUGAAAUUUUAAGCAAUGAGCAUGGAAGUAGCAGAUUCGACCAUUUCCUAUCUCUACUAGGCGACAAAAUAAGAUUAAAAGGCUGGGACAAAUAUAGAGGUGGUUUAGAUAUAAAAGGUGACAUGACUGGAAAAUACUCAGUAUAUACUAUAUACGAGGGCCACGAGAUAAUGUUCCACGUGUCAACUCUAUUACCUUAUUCGAGAGACAACCGACAACAAGUUGAGAGGAAAAGGCACAUAGGCAACGAUAUAGUCAAUAUAGUGUUUAUUGAUACAGAAGAAGGUUCACAAAAUGAAAACGUCCACGCACAAUUUAAUCCUACCUGUAUAAAGUCACAAUUUACUCAUGUAUUUGCCGUUGUCAGUAUGAACGCCGAUGGCCAUUACCGACUCUCGGUAUUCUCCGACGAAGCUGUUCCGCUAUUUGGACCAAGUCUACCAUGUCCGCCAGUUUUCGACGAUCCUUAUCUUUUUCGAGAAUUCCUGUUGGUGAAAAUGAUCAACGGCGAGAAAGCAACGUUUGAUACACCAACUUUUGCAAGGAAACGACAAAGGACCUUAGAUAUGCUGAUUAAAGAUCUUUAUUCUGAGCAUAUGACUGACGCGAGAAUGACGAUGCUAAAUCGCAGAGCAUUUUCUGACGUUUUGGCAGAAACACCGAGACAUUCACGGUUGAAAGAAGACUCGCGCCAAAUCGAAUUUGUACGCAUCGGACAGGCCUUAAAAUUGGAAGCUAUAGUACGAGGAGACGCACCCACAAGCUUAGCAAGCACUGGCACAGCGGGAACGGUCUUUAAAAGAUCUCCCUGGGAGGCUAAUUGCUUCUAUCCUGUAUUUCCACCUCAGCGCAUCAUUUCGGGAGAUUCUUGGAAUGAGAAUCGGUUAAUCGUUGCAACCGAGGAAGGAACCUACGUAGUAGAGGAUGGCACAUCUCAUCGUCUAAUAUUCGAUAAAACCCUCCAAGUCCGUCAACUGAAUGUGGUUGAGCCGCACGGAAUUUUGCUGCUUCGAGGAGGUUCUUCCAGCAAAGAGUGCAAGAUUUACGUGUUCAGGCUUUCACAGAUUAGCGGCGCUACUGAUACCAAGAAUAGGCUCGACUUGAAAGACCACCGAAUGGAAAAAACACGAGGGACGCAUCUGUAUACUUUAUCAAGAUCAGGUGGAGCAAAGCUAAGAAUGUGCGUUGCUAUUGGUAAAAGAUUGCUCAUGUUCCAGUGGAAACACUCCGCUGCGUGGACGCAAUGGUGCCCUGCUAGUGAUACAGAUACGAUAGAAGGAUUCACUUUCUUUUGGGAACUGAAUUUAACCGAAACACCAACGAUUUUAACCAUACUGGAUAACGGCUGGAGUCCAAUAUCUCCUUCCCAAGGAGACAUGCUAGUUUGUAUUGGAUACAAAAAUCACUGGGACAUAGUGAACGGUCGAUCAGGUCAAGCUCAGCAUCUGCAUACCGUAGAGGGUUCCAAAGCUCAUUUAGUGACUGCACUUGAUUUAUAUGAGGACCAAGAGAUUCAGUUAAUGCUUUGUUAUAAUCAUACAUGUCAUUUUCAAAAAUUGAACGAUAGCAAUAAUUCUUCAGGAUCAAGUUUCGAUUUUCAUUGGAAUUCUGCACCUACAGAUAUAGUGUGCGCUUUUCCAUACGUCAUAGCAUUUACAUCGAAUACCAUGGAGAUUAGACUGGUGGUUAAUGGAAAUUUGAUCCACACAAUGACGAUGCCUAAACUGCAAUUAAUAACCAGCAAAAACGACAUCUUUUUCGCGACAACGGCUCCCGAAUUCUUCCCCAACAGGACAGAUAGGCUGUUUGUUGACACACGACAGCAAGAGCUUCAAAAAGUUUCUCCACCGUCCAGUCCUAACGCUUCUCCAGAGGUCAAACCUCUCCGAAUAUAUAGAAUUCCAAUGCAUGCAUUAAGUCGAAAUGCACAUCCAGAUUAUACAGUGUCGACAUCAAGUUCACCACCGGUAUGGAAAUCAACUGACAGCAAAUUAAUGGUUCCAGAACAACCACGAGUAUCUCGGAGCGCCUCCAGCUCCCCUGUACCCCCGAUGAAGGUCAAGCUACCGCCGACCUUGAAAUGAUAGCCGGCGAUUUGCAAGGUUCUGGAGAUGGACAAUUUAACUUAGAGUACCUAGAGCUUAGGAUAAGUUGUAUUCUGAAAAUAAGCGAGACCAUAUUACCCCUGACAGUAGUUUAUACACAAUCUAUAAUGGACUAAUAGGCGUAAAAUCUUUAAAGUGUGACUUUUUCGAGUACGUUUUCGAAACUUGAUGGCGCACAAACAAAAGCAACUGUCUAAAUGUCAAACGUAUUUUUGUACAAUAGUUGUCUGUAUUUGUCCAGAGUAAAAAUAUUGUAUAAUAUAUAAUUUUUCAUAUAUGCAAUUAUUAUAAAAAGCAUACCUUUUUUACAAUAAUCAAAAUUACACUAGUUUGAGUUCUGUCUCUGAACUGUAGUUUAAUAUUUUUCUUUAAAAAUAAAUACACUCACCGGCAGGAAGACCGGACA